UCCAAAGCGAGUGGAGGGCUGGGCGUUACGGAGCCAGGAACCAUGGCUUGAUUUUUCGAAGCCUUUCCAUUGCUGGACGCUUUGUCCUCUGAUCUCAGAAAACUCACUUUCUGCCUUAGGUACUUAGCUUCUGGCCCCUGGAGGCUUAGGGAUCGUAAGAAUGCCGUUGGUUCAACAAGCAAGAGCAAGCCUACAAUAAACCCUUGUCCACGGCUUAUUAGAAACUUCAACUCUGAGCCUCCGAGCCAAAACAUAAACAGGGCUUCCUCAGCCUUUGUUAAUUACAAAAUAAAUAAUUCCAGCAGGAAGAGAUUGCCUCUUCGGGAGAUUUCUCGGCCUCCUAGAUGCUUCCAAGUCUAACCAAGUUGACGAUGAUGAUCCACCAUCAGAAGUCCACCGCUUGUCAACUUGUCACCCAAACACAUUUUAAUUCAUAAUUCCCAUUGAACAGAGCGUUGGAGUCCAUGAUAUCGCAGUGAAGGAACAGCGGAGAACUCACAUCUUGACCCACACUCAGAGAGAGAAUGCUAGGAAUGGCAUGAAUCUUUUGAAACCUCAAAGCUUCCCUGCUGCCCCAGUGAGACACCUCCUCCAAAUCGUUCCCAAACAGUUUCACCAACAGUGACAAACAUGUCUGGAACAGCAGCUGGACCCCACCCCUCGGCGUGCGAAGGAGGGGGCGACAUGAAUCCCUCCGCUGAUGCUGGGAGACCCGACUGUCUCAACCUCUCCGGAGUCCCUGAAUCAGUCUCUUUCCACUGAGGACAGCUGGUCGAAAGAGAAUAUGGAGGAGAGCUAUGAAGACAAUGUUCAAUAUUGCUGGUUUGAGUAUAAGAAUCAUAUGGACUCGGUCAAGGACUGGUGUAACUGGACUUUGAUUAGCAGGCAUUACAGCAACCUGCAAUUUUGCUUGGAGUACGAGGCGGAGAGGUUUGGCCGGGGUUUCCCAAAUCCUUUUGCAGAAAGGAUCAUCUUUAAGACUCACCUGAUACACUUUGCCAACUGCUCCCUGGUGCAGCCCACCUUCUCCGAUCCCCCAGAGGAUGUGCUCCUUGCCAUGAUCGUCGCUCCCAUCUGCCUCAUCCCUUUCCUGGUCACUCUUGUGGUGUGGAGGAGUAAAGACAGCGAUGCCCAGGGCUAGGCGGUGCGAUCCUCAGCAGCCACCUUUCCCCUUGCCCCUGCUGGAACUGGGUAUCUCCCCUUCCUGUCUCCUUUUCUCGAUCUCGUCUUCCCCACAGACCUUUGGAUUGGUGGGAAUGGAAGCCAAGUAGAGUCAUGGCACAAUUUCUGUA